AUGGACGAUGUGAAGGCUAUGAUACAAGUUUGCAAGGCUUGGAAAAGUGACAUCAGUGCGGAGCUGGAGCUCGAACCAUUUGUAGUUGGGGCAGAUUUUUUUUACAAACUUGUAGAUGAAACUGCAUGGAUGAGCUCGAGGCACCUUGACAUGGCCAUGUUUCUAAUACGCAAAAGACAACUCUCUCAUCCUCAAGUAUUUGGAACGGAGUGGACAACUGCCGAGUUUUGUCUGCAGCAAUUUUUACAGCCAUUUACACCGCCAAGUGCGAAACGAGUUACGAGGAAACAACUUGCUUCAAUGACUGUUGACCCUCCCCCUAACUACCUCAGAAAUAUACACCACUUUGUCUGCGGUUCAUGGCAACAUGGUUAUGCGCAAGCAUGGACGAAAGUGCGCAAGGUCUAUCUCCCGUAUAAUGUUCGACAGUCCCAUUGGGUGGCUGUAGAAAUUGACUUUGUCAGACAUACUGCCACUGUCUACGACUCGUAUACUGUUUUUACCUCCAACACAAUGCUUGUCCGACAGAUGGAGCCUAUUACCCAGACGCUUGCAAAGGUGUUGUAUGACAUGAGGUUUUAUGAGAAAUCGAAGGUUGAAGCGGUGAAGAGAAAGGGGAUUGACAUGUCAACGUUUAACCCAUUCACAAUUUGCAGAAUUUCCGAUGUUCAUCAGCAAAGUGAUGGUACCUCAUGUGGCAUUAUGACCGUCAAAUUUAUUGAGUAUCUCAGUGCUGGCAUUCCUCAUGUGGCUACUACCGAUUGA